GUUUGUGGUUGCGUUGACCGGGUACAAUGCAGCCGCUUGUACCAUGAAAAAUACCGAUUAUUUUUUAGAGUCACCGUUUGUUUUGAUAUGAAAUAACAGCAGAUUAUCACGGGAGUACCGCUUCCGACUGCGUAUACGCUGAUUAUUUUACGUCACAUUUUAAGAAUGCUUCUGUGUUCUUACUGCAGUGGUGCUAUGCCUCGCUGUCUCUUUUUUUCGUGCUUUUAACUGUCUGGAUAAUUCGUGUUCUCAUCGAUAUCCCCAGAUGAAUAAAAUGUCUGAGGUCAACAUUGGGAAGCGCCAGGAAAAGUGUGAGAACUGCACCAAGCAGUGCAACAAGAAACAGAGCAACAACGAUGGUGUCAGUUCAACACAAGAUAGAGAGCAAGUCAACGGAAGGGAGAAGGAGUUGUUGCUGAGCGCCUGCCUAUCCUGCGACGGCUGUAUUUCCGAGGGAGAGAGCCUGAAGAUCUCGCAGCAGAACUUGGAGGAGAUGGAGCGGGUGUUGGCCCUAAACAAAAAAUGCGACGUGGCAAAGCACAAGGUGGUGGUGGCGUCGGUGUGUCCGCAAUCGCUUCCGUUCUUUGCCGUCAAACUCGGCAUGGACGUCGCGGAGGCCGCCGCUAAACUUUGCGCUUUUCUCAAGAGCUUGGGGGUGCAGUUUGUGUUUGAUACCACUCUAGCAGCAGGAUUUAGCAUCAUAGAGAGCCAAAAGGAAUUUAUUCAGAGGUAUCGCAGGAGGCACCAUGACUCCAAUGCCUUGCCUAUGUUCACCUCCUCCUGCCCAGGUUGGAUUCGCUAUUCGGAGCGCGUCCUCGGGAGUUUGGUCACGCCUCACAUCUGCACAGCAAGGUCUCCGCAGCAAAUUAUGGGAUGUCUUGUCAAAGACUACUUUUCUAAACAGCAGAAGCUCAACGCUGACAAGGUUUACCAUAUCGUGGUGGCUCCCUGCUUCGACAAAAAACUGGAGGCUGUCCGAGAAGAGUUUUACAACAGUCUGCUGGAGAGCAGAGAUGUGGACUGUGUCCUCACCUCAGGGGAAAUUUACUACCUCAUGCAGCAGAAGAAGGUCUCUAUUGAGGAGCUAGACUCUCUUCCGUUGGACCAUGUGCUCGGAGAAGGUGGGGACUUGACGCUGGUUCGCCAUGAAGGUCGCGGUUCUGAGGGUUUUCUGGAACACGUGUUUAAACACGCCGCCAAGGAACUAUUUGGUCUGGACGUUCACGAGAUCACAUACCAGACGCUUAGGAACCGUGAUUUUCAAGAGGUGACGCUCGAGAGAGAUGGCGAAACGCUGCUUCAGUUCGCGGCCGUUUACGGUUUUAGGAACAUCCAGACUCUGGUGCAUCGCAUGAGGAAGGGACGAGUGCCUUACCAGCUGGUGGAAGUGCUGUCAUGUCCAGGAGGGUGCUUAAGUGGCCGCGGUCAAGCCGAGAACAAGACGGCAGGUCGCGUGGAUAAAAUCCUGGUCCAGCAGAUGGAAGAAGUCUACAACAGCUUGCCCGUCAGCCUCCCGGAGCUCAACCCAACUUUGCAGACGCUCUAUCAAGACUGGCUCGAGGGCCAAGAUUCUCCGCAGACCUGCAAGCGACUACAUACCCAGUACCGGAGUCAAAAUCAGAGCCCUUUACAGCCACCACACAUGCAGUGGUGAGAAUGAUUGAACAUAGAGUGCCAUGUUGGGUUUAUUGGGGAUUUUGCUUGGGUUAGCUCACCCGAAUUUUUGGGAUACAUUGAGGACCAUCUAAUGCCUUUUAAUCAAGUCAAGAGCUGGACUCAGUAGACAGAGUUCUCCCAAUUGUCCAUUGAAGGGAGAUACUGUGUGUUUUUUGGAAACAAACUAAAAACAAAAAAUGCUUUAGCAGUGUCUGGAAGUAUUAAAAUGUAAUAUGUUAGUAGUCACGUGGAUAGCGAACACUUAUUGAAGACUCAUUCUUUCCAAACCAAAAUUGCUUUGUUUUUGUCUUCUUUGCUCAAAAGGUUCAGCAGCAGUGUUACAACAACUAUGCAAGUGUCUGAUCAACCUAUUCCGUCAGUACCGUGACAAGUAUUUGCUUUUCAUAUGUACGCUAUGUUCAUGUGUGUGUGUAACUUGAUCAAAAUGUGUUUAUCACUAAAGAACAAUAGAAGUCUGAAGUGAGACUUUCGUCCUUUUGAGACUUUUGUUUUAUUCUAUCAAAGCAGUACUUAUAAAGUUCAAAUUAUUUAUACCUCGCCAAAUUUUUUGUUUGUUUUUUGUAACAUGCUCCACAACGAUGUCUAAACAGACAUUGUCAAGGGCGAAGAAAUUUUCCCUGAUCCUGUCCUUGGGAUGAGGUCGGCCAACCAAGGACACACCAGCUGCGGAAUUCGAGGGACGAAUAACUCCGUUCCGCAUUGCAAAAAAAAAAGGCCAUCGCUUCUCUCUGAAGGGUUCCUCAUUGCUGUUGAAAGACAUGGCUUGUCUUCAUAUCACUAUAAAUUCCAAUUAUUCAAUUACAAUGUUGAUCAAUUAUAUUUUCAACAUGAUUUGCAUCAUUUUCAAGGCAUAGCCUACUUGAUUUUUAGACCGUUUUUUUGGUUUGUUUGUUUUU